GAAGCUCAAUUAAUACAUUCAUCAUUUUCGGCGGUCAGCCCUCAAUGCUGAUCUGCGGAUUAUUUAACUGCGAAUCUUUCUUGGAAUGUGCUACAAAAUCAUUCAGUACGCAGAGUAUAGCUGCAGCCACCAAACGGUCACCAGACAACAAGUGGUCGAUUGUCGCAAAAGAGACUGUCGUUUCAGUCCAUCGCAUCAGACGGGGGCACAUAGUUGUGGAUCUACUUGCUCCCAAACAAUGCUUCCUGACCAAGGAUUGAUCAUGGAACAAUUCAGUAACCCUUGUCGGCGUUGCGGGGGAGUGACUAACGGUCACUAAAGAAGAUGAAAAUUUCUAUAUCUGCAAUUGCCUACCAUUCGUUUGGCCUUCGUGUGUCUGGUUUUGUGAUGCUCCAUACGGUACUCUCCUCGGUCACCAAGUCAUUAGAUCAUUCCUACGCAAGCUUUUACAUAUUGUAG